UUACAGCAUAAAGCUACAGUGUUUGCUUCUAAGUUAAGCAACUCUUCGGAGCUCUGGUUGGGAAGCAUACACUAAAGCUACAAAGGAGGAAGUGACCGUGCAGAGACAACUGUGCCCUUUCUUCCCUUUAAGGAAGGAUAGGAGGUAGCACGCAUAAAUGUUGCUGUUUGGACCAGCAAUAAGCUGCCUUUCUUGUUUGUCAGUCGCUUGCUUGCCUUCUAAAUCACAGGCAUAUGUGUUUCCCCACGUUUUCGUUUUGUUUUGGUUUUCCCCCCAAGUUUCAAGAUUUCUCAGAAACAGGAAAUCCUUAGUAUCUUCUAUUUGUAGUGAGAAUAAGUUCUGCGUUAUAUUUAGUACAAACAUAGUCCUAUAUUAUUAUAUAACAACUGAAAGUAAAACAGAACGGAGGAGGGGGUGGAGCAUUGCACUAUGUCGUUGUCAUAGUGCAAACUUUAUCCUAACUUCUGUGCCGGCUUGCUGCACAGCUUUUCCGAGACUUGUCCCACAGUCUACUUUCCUGAUCCAGAUUCUGUGCUUCUGAGUAAUGGUUCAGCAGGCAGGAUGCUGGGGAUGGCACAGCCAACACAAAACUCUGCCAGAGCAUUGAGCAGGCUGGAGAGUCAGCUCCUGCAGAUCCAUGGAGGACAAUUACAAGCAGAAAACACACCUGAAAAGUAUUUGUCUGCAAUAUCAGCUGUAUCUUCUUCUGAACAGCCAUUUCUUUUGCCUUUUAAAGAAUGAGAGGGGACUAAUCAUCUUCUUCCUAUGUGCUUAUGUACCAAAGACAGCAGCAGGUCAUUGCAAGUGGGAGGAAGUUCUGAAAGAUUUGGAGCAGAUCAAGACGUCCAAAGACAUUGAUGUCAGUUUAUAUACUGCAGACACAGAUGAGGAUACAGAAUGCCAAGAACCUGUAAUAAGAUGUUUUUUCUUGGAGACAAAUGUGAUUCUUCAAGAAUGUCUUAUCAAAAACUGUAGUAAAACACAGGAUGUAUUAAACAUAUGGAAAAAUGGAAAUGCUAGCUUAGAAAAUAACAAGUUGAAUUCCACAACAUCAGCAAAAUGCAAAGAAUGUGAAGAGUAUGAAGAAAAAAAUUUUACGGAAUUUAUACAGAGUUUUGUAAAGGUUAUACAGAAGGAAUGCAAACACUGACCAAAAGACACAAGCUGGGAACAGGAUUCUUCCACAAGCAUCCUCAGAGAAAUUAGAUUAUUGCCAACAAUAAACUGGAAGGAACAUCACUCACAAUCUUACUUACACAGCAUAACAUGUAAACAAAGAAUAAUAAAAUCCCUGUAUAUUGAAUACAUACAAAUUAUGUUACUUAUGUAUUAUAAAUGAAAGGGAUUUAACAGGGUUUAAAGCUUCUUCUUGGCUUAAAUGUUCUUUAAUAUUUGGUAAGUCCACUGGAAAAGAAAUCCUGUCUAACUUAUCAACCUUGAACAAAAUUCUCUAAGAAGAUCUCAGGGUAUCUAUUUGCAGUAGGAACCUCCUUAUGAACAUCGGUUCAGGGCUAACUGAAUGGGGUUUCAGAGAAAAGUUCUUCUUUUAUUAUUAUUAAUAUUAAUGUAAAAUUAUCAUACCCUGUUGAAGGAUUUGUCUAUAGCUAUUUCUGCUAUUUGAACCUUAUCCCUUUACCAUCUGUACUCCUAGAAGAUCCUAGCUCAUUUCUCACUUCUGUUGCUAGUCAUGUCUGACAGUUUUCCUUGCUAUUUUUGAUUUUUCUAUGAGUAAAGGACAUGAUCAAGACUCUUACUUAAAAAAAAAAAAUCUACAUAGUAGAAAUCCUUCCUAUGUAAUAGUUUGUAAAUUUGGCCUCCUUUUGGGGUAAGCAGGCAGGAAUCACUUUUGACCAAUUAUUGGAAAUCAUCAUAACUGUAUACCUAAGACUCUGGUAGGUCCGAAAUGUUGCACAGUCUUCUUUCAACUCUUCCUAAAGUAA